AUGCAGGCCUUUGAGAACACCUCUACCAAUGUCGCAGCCAGCCAGAUGCGCAAUGCCCUCAAUGCCCUUGCGGAUACUGUGAAGGAUCCGGCGGAAAAGAAGAGAUUUGAGGCAGAGAUGGAUAACUUUUUCGCAUUGUUCAGAAGAUAUCUCAACGACAGAGCUAAGGGAAACACGAUUGACUGGGCCAAGAUCCACCCUCCCAACCCAGAUCAGGUCGUCAGCUAUGAUGAUUUGCCAAAUGGGGACGCUGUGGAGUUCUUGAACAAACUCGCUGUGGUCAAGCUCAACGGUGGUCUUGGUACUUCUAUGGGUUGCGUUGGUCCAAAAUCCGUCAUCGAGGUCAGAGAUGGCAUGUCCUUCCUCGACCUUUCCGUGCGACAGAUCGAAUACCUGAACCGCACCUACGAUGUCAAUGUUCCUUUCGUCCUGAUGAACAGUUUCAACACCGACGAAGACACUGCCUCCAUCAUCAAGAAGUAUGAAGGCCACAACAUCGACAUCCUCACCUUCAACCAGUCUCGUUACCCCCGUGUCCUCAAGGAUUCACUCCUACCUGUUCCAAAGUCGUACGACUCGCAACUUUCGGACUGGUACCCUCCUGGUCACGGAGACGUGUUCGAGUCCAUGUAUAACAGCGGCAUUCUCGACCAGCUUCUCGAUCGUGGCAUUGAGAUCAUUUUCCUGUCCAACGCCGACAACCUUGGUGCCGUUGUUGAUCUCCGCAUCUUGCAACACAUGGUUGAGAGCAAGGCCGAGUACAUCAUGGAGUUGACCGACAAGACCAAGGCCGAUGUGAAGGGUGGUACCAUCAUCGACUAUGAAGGCAAAGUGCGAUUGCUCGAGAUUGCUCAAGUGCCCAAGCAGUAUGUCAAUGAAUUCAAGUCGAUCAAAAAGUUCAAGUACUUCAACACCAACAACAUCUGGAUGAAUCUCCGAGCCAUCAAGCGCGUGGUUGAGGCCAACGAGCUGGAGAUGGAGAUCAUCCCCAACGAGAAGUCCAUCCCGGCCGACAAGAAGGGUGAAGCAGACCUUAGCAUCAUUCAACUCGAAACCGCAGUCGGUGCCGCCAUCAAGCAUUUCAAGAACUCCCACGGUGUCAACGUUCCUCGACGACGAUUCUUGCCGGUCAAGACGUGUUCCGAUCUCAUGCUGGUCAAGUCGAAUCUCUACACCUUGAGCCAUGGUCAAUUGGUCAUGGACCCCAACCGCUUUGGGCCUGCUCCCUUGAUCAAGUUGGGUAGUGAUUUCAAAAAGGUGGCUCAGUUCCAGAAGCGAAUCAGCAGCAUCCCCAAUAUUGUCGAAUUGGAUCACUUGACGGUUACUGGUGAUGUUAACUUUGGACGUGGUAUUGUAUUGAAGGGCACCGUUAUCAUCGUUGCGACUGAGAAUAGCACCAUCGACAUCCCACCUGGAUCAAUCUUGGAGAAUGUUGUUGUUCAAGGAAGCUUGAGACUACUUGAGCAUUAA